UUUCAAAAUUGAUCAUUUUCGAUUCGAAAAUGGCUGCAUCAGGGGGUAAUAUUGAGUGGUCUACUACUGUUAAACCAAUUUUAACGGCACUUUAUGGCCCAUUUUUCGAUAAAAACGAUGCAGUGGAAAUUAUUCAAGCUAUAAUAAAAAGUGAAAGCGAAUUCCAGAACCAUGAAGAUGUUUAUGACCUAUUCUACACAUGCUUUGCAUGCCUUUCAGCUCACUUCAUCAGUGUUAAUGCUAACAAUUUACCUAUUGACCAGCUAAGCACUGCGCGAGAUGCGUUUAGAAUCAUUUUGGGACAAAUACUUAAGAAGCUCUCUGAAGCUGGACUGAGCUAUGAUGAGACUUCCACAACCACAGCAGCUCCAAAUGUCUCUAUCAAGCAGCUUCUUUUACCAAUUGUUGGCCUCUGUGGUGUUGAUGGUGGAGGUUACCCACAGUCAGAUCUGGUUAUAUUGACAUCUCUAUUGAAAAAUGCUAAAUUACCAGCUCAUGUGAAUGUCUCAGAAACUCAAACCACAAAGUCAUCAGUGAUACCGAGUCCAAUAACAUCUUUGACAUCGCAAACUGCAAGUAACAAUGAGAAACAGGCGCCAUCUACCGCCCAGCGCCGUUCCGAUGCGCUGUUAGAACAGCUGACAAUGCCCCUACGGAACCCUGCUGCGUCAGUACCAUCAACUCAGGUGCAGCCCAGCGCUGCUGUGAUGUCUCCUGGAAGUAAGGACAGUUUGGAAAGCUCUAAAGAAGCUAAUGCUAACCAACAACCAUCUGUUGAUAUGAAGAAAUGGGUGGCAUCAACAUGUGGUUCCUUAUUGAUGGAACUGCGAGCUGGUUUCAUCAUGCUGAAGGUUUGCUCAUCCCUGCCGUGCCUGCAAAGAUAUCUGAAUCGCUGGCAAAUGUCCAAGGAGUCUGCCAACUCUCCACAAUUCAACUCUGAUGCCUCACUUCUACAUUUUCUGGUGAAUGAAGUGAAUGUAUGUCGUCUGGCAUUAUCACUACCCUGCUUGGAGCCGUUCACUCCGGACCGCAUUGCUACCCUCAGUGACGUCGCCACUGCUUGGCUGCUGUGCGCCACCGCUCAGGCGUCCCUGCACCCUAAGGAUGAAGAAAGCGAGCAGCAGACAGCGACACUGGUGGAGAGCGCGCUCAGCCUCUACAACACGGUUGGCGAUACGUUCCGGCAGUCGACACGCGCCGGCGGAUAUGUAUAUCAAAACCAUCUAAUGAUCGGCGCGUGGGUUCUGCUGUGCGGACUCCACCAUGCGCUCGCCGGCGCGCCAUGCCCCACCACUGCACCCGGCAAGAGCCCCGCUAAAACACCUUCCAGACCUUACAAUCUUACCAAAAUGCAACAAGGUCUAGGCGUGGUGUGGGUGGCGCUGGGCGGUCGCUGCCUGGCGUGGACUGGGGCGCUGCUAUGCGACGCGCGGCUGGAGGCGCUGGGCGGGCCUGAGGGCGGCACCGCGGGUCCCGCACCCCUGCAUAUACUGGACCAUCACUCGGCGCAUGAGCGGGAGCUGCGACUCGCGCACGCUGCACCAUUGCACCAGUUGUUCGUAGCGCUAGGCGUGGUGUGCUACCGCAAGGCGACUAACCUGAAGCGCGCCGUAGUGCAGAAGCAGCAUCAGGAUGCCGAUCCCGACCGCUCUGACUCUACUGUGUACUUUCAAGACAUGAUUCUCUGCUCCGAAGACUCAGAAACUGAUGACGAAGACAGCGAGCCGCUGUUCGGGUUGUGGUUCGAGUCGACUCUGGUGGCGCCUGAUGCGGCGGAGGCGGCGGCGCGACCCGGCGCCGACGCCAACGACAAUGUUGACGUGCCGGCGCGCCCACAUAACAUCGUGCCCGACAAGUCCGAGCCAUACUCGUACAUAACACUAGCGACGGAGGUGUUCACUUUGUUGAACGCAGAGAUGAUGAGCGAGGGCGCGGAGAGGUUGGGCAGCGGAGCGCUGCAGCUCCACGAGGCGCAUCAAGCGCUGCUCGCCGCGCUCGCUAAGGACCUUGACAGGGAGACCGCUCGCACCGACACAGGUACCAUAUCAUCGUGCUUCGGUACGCGGCUGGGCGGUUUAUACGCAUCGUUCAGCGCGGCGCUGGUCCGCUACCUGCACAACCUGAGCGGUGCUCCAACGUUUGCCGCGCUACAGCCCGCACUGCACCAGCAGCUCGCCGCUGCAGGCGCAGGCGCAGAGCGCGCCAACAUAACACCACUACAGGUUGGUCCUCGCGUGGUAAAACUUCUGGGUAGUAUGAUCCUGAGCAAGUCAGCGGCGGAGCGCGAGAACAGCAUCCUGGUAAUGUGGCACAAGAUAGUCAACACGCUACAGGAGUGCGCGCUGCAGUCUCAGCCCUCGCAGGACCAUGAUUACGAAGAUUUGAAUGUUGAACAUGCCCAACUAUUGGUCUACCUUUUCCACUCAUUGACAUUGAUGCAGAAGAAAUCUGUUCUACUUAUGACUUCCAAUGCUAUUAUAAAAGUUGUGGAGACAUUGGCAAUAAGCGACAGAAAGCGAGCGAUGUCGUUGGCGCCGCACCAGCUCAUGCUGACCACUCGUCUAAUGCUGCUUCUCGAGUAUCUGAUGCGACAUCUGUACGAUGCGCCACAAACAUUGCUGCAACAGAUUGAAUGGAACCUUGUAAUAGCACCCGGCCUCGCCGAGCCGACCGCUGAGUCGUCAACUAACGGUGCCAAGACUACUACGGACAACGGUCAAAUUAAGUCUCGGAUAUACUGCGAGGUGCCCUACAUAGAGGCAGCGUACAGAUGCUACUCGCAGGACGAAUCCUCCAUGAGGCCAAAGUUCUACGCUUUGACCAGCGCUGAGAUCAAUAAUCAGGAAAAUCCGAAAUUCGACGGCUUGGCAUGCAACUUCGUGCUGGGUACACCGCACAAGCUGAAGUAUCCGCUGCUGCUAGAUGCACUACUGGCUUUACUGAACGCCGCUUGCGUCUGUGACAACCCGCAGCACCGCGCCGCACCCGCCGCGCUCGCUGCCGCCCACUAUUGCUUCCAGACUGCAUGGAGAUUGGUGAUCAGCAUGCCCCCAGCAACGCCCCACAUGGAUAAGCUGCAGGCAGGUACCAAGGCGGAGCUACCUUCCCCGCUGCCCCUGCACGCUGUCAUUUGGGCUCCGCGCGCUGAUAACAAGAAGGUCUUCAACCCCUGGCUUAAAGACGCCCUCGUCAAACAAGGAAUGUACACACAGUAUGCAGAAAAUUUGUUAGCCGGUGUUAGUGCAUCGUGCGAUAAUAUAAAGUACACCGCUUGGCUCGCCUCGGAAACUAUCAAACAUUUGAAACAAAAUAUCACAUCGAGUGGUUUACCAUCUCUUCUCGACGUAAUAUCGUGUGAUGCUGCGCUCGUAAGGCUCAAAGUAUGCCUGGCUGACACCACGUCCGCUGCGGAGGCGCACCAGUUUAUGCCAAACCUUUUGGACCUACUGGACACUAUUUUAGAUUGCUGCCGGCUAAGCGCAGGAGCUGAAUUAGAGAACGUAUUGGAAGCAGCUAACGACUCAUCAGAGCGCGCAGUAAACGCGGCACGACUGGCGGUGUGCUGCGCCGGUGGACCAACUGCCGCCACAGAGGGCGCGCCCGCGCUCUGCGCCUGGCUCCGCCCACAUCUGCCGCCCGCCACCGUCGCCAUAUUGGAGCGGCUUGCCACACCACCGCCACUCACAUGCCUUAAUCUGGCUUUCUAUGCGUCGCACAUAAUCCCAUCCGAGAGUGCGGUGUUGAACCUGGUGUCGUCGCACUGCGAGCUGAUCAGCGGCAGCAGCAAGUACUCCAUUGGCACGUCGCUCAUGAUGCUUGCCUACUCUGCCGCCAAGCUACUUGACUUCGGCGCGCCCAAGCUCGCGGAUAACGCCGCCCUGUCCAAGAAGGCCAUCGAUUUGAUCAUACCGGCUUUGGCCGAUGGAAGACUAGAGUUCUUAACGGAGCCGCUAAGAGCGACCCUAAACACUUUGGUGCCGCAAACUCUAACCGCAGAGCAACUGAGGCACGAACACUUUUUGAAGACCACAUACACUGUACUGGUGGAGCACUUGCAGUCUUCCACAGAAAAGACACUACGUUAUAUGGUCAAAUACUGGGAGAAAAUCUUAGAACGAUUGGCCGGACGCAAAGCGUAUGAAGCAGUUUUUAGCGACGAUAAUGAAUACAGUCUCGGCAAAAUACUAUUGACCGCUCCCAAUGCUAGGAGCCCGUAUACUGAAAGAGUUAUCAAGUUAUUUAUCAAGAUAUUCACAUGUUGCGACAAAUCUGAACUGAACCCUACUCUUUGCGUGUCCGUGUGCAAGUCUAUUGGCAUGGCCGAUCAACAGAAGUUGGCUAACUUGUUAUCACACAUUUGUUUGACGACAACUGGUUCAUCAACAUCAAACGGCACGUCGGGCACGGCUAAUGGUACGCCCACAGAGGCGGAGCUGGCCACGCCCACGUCGAGCGCGCCGGACGGUAACCCCGCCUCACUGGCGUUCCGCAACGCACUGCGCAGCGUGUUCCGCGCAGACAGUGAACCCGCGCAGCGCAGUGACACAGACCUGCCAGUCUUUGAUACACCAUCUCCAGCACCGAGGGCUCAGUCAGACACAGCUCAACAAUCAGCAAACUCAGAAAGCUGCAGCUGGUCAGAUGGCAGCAAGGACAGCGCGGGCGCCGCAGUUGCCGAGGCCGCACCGGCGCAGCUCGCCGAUGCCGCCAACGACAAUGCCACGCUACUCUCCGCGCUCUGCAAACACAUCGUCACACAUUGUAGCGAGGAGGUGAGCGAGCGCGUGCUGUGCGCGUUAGUGAGCGUGUGCGGUGAAGGGUGCGCUCCCGUGCUGCUGCGCGAGCUGUGUCGGCUGGCGGACGCACACGCCGGUGCCGACCACCGCCUGCUCUUCCCCGCCGCUGUCGGCUGGCUCGCAGCAUGCGUCGACAACCUUAGCAGUCCCGAUGUACUGGAGAAGUUGGAAGAAGGACAGAUCGAGGGCGCCGUCGCUUCUCAGAUUGAGUCUGCGUGCGUUUUGUUAUCGUACCUCUCGGAUGCUCUUCAUGCUAUUAACACGUCGCCACCACAAGCAUGGCGUUCUGUAAGCCCUUCGUGGGAAUCUCCCUAUGACGUUGGUUUCGAUUUGGAAUAUCCCGACGAUCAAAACGAUGAGGAAGAUACCAGUGCCGACGAUUCAGACGAAGACGCGAUGUUGCAGUACAAGCUGUGCACGUUCACGGUGACGCAGCGCGAGUUCAUGAACCAGCACUGGUAUCACUGCCACACCUGCAAGAUGGUGGAUGGUGUGGGUGUGUGCACCGUGUGCGCGCGCGUCUGUCACCGCGGACACGACGUCUCCUACGCCAAGUUCGGCAACUUCUUCUGCGAUUGUGGUGCCAAGCCUGAUUCAAGUUGUCAAGCGCUGGUGAAGCGCUCAGUGACGCUAGGCGGUCGGUCCGACGACAGUCCGCCAGCUUCAUCGCUGCGCCGUCUGCCCUCAAGCCCUACUCCGCCCGCCUACCUCGCUCCCUCCCGCCGCCCAGCAAUCGCCGCCAAUAUACAAGGUUGUCGUUCAUACUUGGUGUCGUAUGGUGCGUGGGGCGCCUGCAUGGAGCGCGUAAAGAAGUUACUAGGCGUGCUGGCGGGACCGGUGCGCGCAGCAUGCGAGCGCGGCGCGGCGGUGGGUGCGCAUGGCCGAGCGCAGCGCGCGCUCGCUCAGUUGCACCUCGGCGUCAAGCGCUUCGUACACACCGACACUCUGAUGCUGCCUACGCUAGGAUCUCAAGAAGGCGCGUUCGAGAAUGUCCGCAUGACGUACACGGGCGAGAACGGUCAAACGAUCCGGCAGCUGAUGUCGGCGCACAAGCUACGCCGCGUGGCCAUGUGCUGCCUCGCCUCACCUCACGGCCGUCGACAGCACCUCGCCGUCUCCCAUGAAAAAGGAAAAAUCACCGUCUUGCAAUUGUCUGCGCUGCUAAAGCAAGCGGAUUCAUCAAAACAUAAGCUGACGCUGACACGGUUGUCAUCGGCACCUAUACCAUUCACCGUCCUCAGUCUGAGUGGCAACGCCUGGAACGAGGACCUGCUCGCCGUGUGUGGCCUCAAGGAGUGCCACGUGCUUACGUUCAACAGCGGAGGUGCCGUAGCCGAUCACCUAGUAUUGAAUACGGGCUUAGAAGGAAAUAACUACGUAAUCAAGGCUAUUUGGCUGCCAGGAUCACAGACGCAACUUGCACUUGUGACAUCCGAUUUCGUUAAAAUCUUCGAUCUCAGCAAGGACCUAAACAAUCCAAUGCACCAUUUCUUAGUGCCAAGUGGAAAGGUGCGAGAUGUAACUUUUGUUAACCAAGAAGACGUAAUGCACAUGCUGUGUAUGAGCUCCGCUGGACAUAUCUAUUGGCAACCGAUGAGCGAGGAGUCGCGCGCCACGCUAGGCACAUUCUACGUCACAAACACACUUGAAGUGCUUCAUCCUGAAAUACAGGAUGUAGCAGGAUUAGUUGGUGGUGGAGGUGUUUCGAUUUACUACUCUCACACACUCAAGAUGUUGUUCUUUUCGUACGCGCAAGGAAAGAGCUUCCUCGCUCCUCUCAACACGGUAGAAGAAAGUGUCAAACGCACGGCAAUGAUAACGCUGUCGACGACGGCGACUCAGAAGGAGGGUGGCGGACGCAGCGGCAAGCAGAGCGGCGUCCAGUCACUGUGCCAGUGGGCCGAGGUGCCCGGCCACCCGGGCCUCGUCACCGCAGUCAUGCAGGCAUCAAACAACCCCGUCGUGCUCAUGCUUACACCAACCACUAUUUACGUGCAAGAAAUUAAGGUGGUACCAGCAAAAGCGAAGAUAACAGACAUGGUGGCGGUGCGUCAUUGGUGCGGCGGCGGCGGUGGUGGCGAGCAGAAGAGCACGCUCAUCCUGCUGUGUGAGGAUGGCAGCCUGCGCAUGUACGCGGCCAGCGCGGAGCACACCGGCUACUGGCUCUCGCCCGCCAUACAACCCACACACGCGCCGCGUCGCCGCCCUCGUGCCAUAGCUCACAACAAGAACAAGUCGCAACAGGCUACUGCGAAGUCGAAUACGAACGGCGGUCCUCAGUUCCCGAUCGAUUUCUUCGAACACUGCGUCGCGAUGACAGAUAUCGAGUUUGGCGGAAACGAUCUACUGCAAGUUUAUAAUACGGCACAAAUAAAGAAUCGCCUCAACACUACCAGUCUCUACGUUGUAUCUACUAAAAUGAGUGGAUUCUCAAUGGAAGUGAUCAACUCGGAUCCUAACAUGGUCAUUUGCGGCAUCAGAGUGUUGCUAGGCACUCAGGACGUCGCCCGGACACCGUCUUAUGUCGAGGUAUAUGGCAGAACGAUCUCUACAGUGGUUGUACGAAACCGAUGGUUCGAUAUUCCUCUAACCCGCGAAGAAUCCUUGCAGUCGGAUAAGAAACUUAUUAUCAACUUUGGUCCAUCACAAGAUCCCGAUGGUGUCACCAUGGUCGACUCUGUUAAGGUUUAUGGUAAAAAUAAAGAACAAUUCGGUUGGCCCGAAGAAAACGAAGAUGCAUCAGCUUGUCCAUCAACAAGUAAGAUUGCUCAGGAGGGCGAUGCCAUGAAUGGUAUCUGGAAGCCGAGCUCGCUCGAGCGUCUGGCCUGCGCAGCGCUGGAGACCCUCGAGCUGGCAGCGGGCGCGCCGGCUGUCGCCGCAGCCGCCGCUAGCAGCGAGGCAGGCGCGGAGGCCGGCGCAGAGGCCGCCAGGAAGCUGCUCUGCGCACCCGCCUCCGCGCACUUGCAUGCACGAGCACAAUGUCUGUUGAGAGCUAUCUAUCAGUCACAAUACCACCAAUUCAAAGACCAAGCGAUACUGAAGUACGUUUGCACUGCGCUCUCCGACCUGCGCGAUACUGCAGACGCACGUAACAUCGACCCUGAAGCGUACUUCCGGCUCGUUUUGCUAGCCCGCGGCGUGGCCGUCGCCCGGCCGCAGCAUCUUGUCAAGUUCACUCCCUCCACACCCCGCAAACCAGAAAGUGGCGAUUGGGCUGCGCUAUGGAAGGGUGAUUAUACAGAGAAUAAGGGCGAGAGUGGAACGCCACACCUGUGCGCGAUGCUGUGCAGCGUGCUGUGGCGGCUGGCGAGCGUGCGUGCGCCGCCCGGCCCUGGCGGCGUGCUGGCCCAUGGCCUGCGCCACGCCGAUCACACGCUGCACGCCCUUGCUGAUAUACUACACGCAUUCCAACUGCACGCGGACAAUGACGCAAUCGAUUUUGGAAAUCAAAUCUAUCUGGCGCUGCUGCUAGCGGAAGAUCAAAUUAUAAGCUUUGGCACUAAGGCUGCUCUUAUGAGAGUGCUGCGACCUCGAAUCAAGAGACGGCGUGUGUACAUACCUUCACCGCCUAAUACACCAGGUGCUGGAUCCUCUGUGACAACAGCUCCGGCGGCCAGCUCGACUGCAGAGGCUGCUGCCUCGGAAUCUGACGUGAGCACAGCGCGCGACGACCAGCAGGAGAACCAGUUCAUGGAUGUCGAUGACGCGCUUGAACCGAUGGUACUGCUCGCGCCCGAUGGAGGUAGUUUAGAGGCGCUGCUGGACAUCCCAGCGGACGCGGACGACGAGACGAUGGUGCAGCUGGCCAUUGCGCUAUCGCUGCAGGAGCAACCGCGCCGCGCGCCGCCUGCCCCCUCCGCGCCUCCCCCGCCCGCCCCCGGCUUCAGCGACGUCGCCGCAUCGCCCACAGGAUCUGACGACGAGGGCAGCACUGCGGCGACAGACGGCAGCACGCUGCGCACGUCCCCCGCCGAACCGCCAGGCUCCGCGGGCUCGGCCGCCUCUGCCGCUUCUGCUUCCGAUAGCGGCGGCUCUGGCGCCGACAGUAUCGGCGGCGUUUCCGGACGCUCCAGCGCCUAUGGCGAAAUGGUGUCUGUUCCAACUACGGGCACCAUGGCCGCAAAUGCUAUCAUCGCCGCCCCCGUGGCUAUGCCAGCAGGUCCAUCGACGUCGAGCGCGCAGCCAGUGGCGUCGUCAUCGCGCACGGCGGAGGCGGAAAGCGAAGCGCGCAAGUUGCACGCGCUGCGUCUGUCACUGCUCACCGCCGCACUCGAUACUUUGCCUACGCUGCGCACGCUGCCCGGCGUACGGGCUAUACCAUUCGUACAGGUUGUUCUAAUGUUAGCAGGUGACCUAGACUCUACCGUUGAAGGUGACCGGGUAGUACUAGAUCGACUACUCGACUUGCUAGUCUCAGAGCUGGACAUCCAGAACGAGGAAGUGGGAGAGCGCGGGGAGCGGCGCGAGCUGCAGCUUGCCAUCAAUCGACUUGAACAGCUUGUAUCGGAGCUGGAGGCGCCGGAGAAUGCACCGCCUGUGCACGAGCGCACAAACCGACGAGAGCUGCAGCUCGUUAUUAUGCGGCUACUGAGUGUGCUUAUGGCACGGUGGAAAACGUGCGGCGCGGGUGCGGGCGCGUCGGUUGGGGGUAGUGCGAAUGCGCGCGCAGAAGUGACGGGCGCCGCUGCGGCCGCACACGUAUCACGCCUCACAGCCGCGGCGUUAGUACGCGCCGGUGCGCCCCGACACUGCUACAACGUGCUGGCUGCACUGCUGCCUUACUGGAAGGAGAAAACAACCACCACCGGUACGGCAACACCUGGACAACAGCUACUGAAACCACAACCACCUCAACCAUUGCCCGAUAUGCAGCCCUUCUUUGUAAAGGAAUACGUCAAAAGCCAUGCGCUAGACGUGUUUGACAACUACCCGCAACUGCUGAUGGAAAUGGCGCUGCGACUUCCGUGUCAGAUCCACAAGCACUGCGACCCCGCCAACUUCGACACGCGCUGGCGUACGCUGCUCUGCGAGUACAUGAUGAACCCACAGACGCCACUGAGGAAACAAGUACGCAAGCUGUUACUGCUGCUAUGCGGCACGCGCGAGCGCUACCGUCAGCUGCGUGAUGUACACGCGCUCGACACGCACCUGAACGCUGCGCGUGCGCUGCUCGCCGCGCCCGACCCCGCGUACGACAAGCUCGUGCAGCUCAUGGAUCAUCUUAAGGCGUGUGCGGAGAUAGUGAGUGCGCGUACCGGCAACUGGCAGCACACGUGUGCGACAGAGCGGCGCAGCGCGCUGCCGUGGUUACUGACGGUGGCGCGGCGCGUGCACCCGCACGUCGCGCCCACCGUACUGCAGCUGCUGCAGGCCGCGCUCUGCCUACCCACGCCUGCACCCGCCCCCACGCACUCCCUUACCCCGCCCCUGCCGCCACACGAAACCAAGCCAUCCGCGGACUGGCCAGAACGAGAGCGCAGCGCAGAUAGCGAUGCCUUUGUAUCCGAUGGCUCCAAAUUUCAGGAGCAGAAGGUGCCGAUACUGGUCCAACAAAUAAUAAAACAGGUGAAUCAUGAUGAAUUGAGAAUGUUCGUCAAAGCUUUCCUACUCGAAACGAAUUCAACAGCAGUUCGUUGGCAAGCCCACGCGCUACUUCUGGCUAUUUACAACAACUCGCCACAAACAGAGCAAGCGUCGAUAGUGUCGUUACUGUGGGCGCUGUGGCCCACGCUGCCGCAGUACGGGCGCAAGUCGGCGCAGUUUGUCGACCUACUCGGAUACUUUACACUUAAGACGCCCAACAUUGAGACUGAGAAGUACCUGCGCAGUGCGGUGGAACUUCUACGUCGUCAGAACGAGUUGCUCUCGUCCCACGGCAAUGCAGCGCUGUACGCGGCCCUCGGCACGUACGUGGAGCUGGACGGCUACUACCUGGAGUCGGAGCCUUGCCUCGUGUGCAACAACCCCGAGGUGCCCAUGGUCACCAUCAAACUGCCCACCAUUAAGAUGGACUCGAAGUUCACGACGACGACGCAGAUCGUGAAGCUGGUGAACAGCCACACCAUCAGCCGCAUCGCCCUGCGCAUCAGCGACAUCAAGCGCGGCAAGAUGGUGCGCGCCAUCAACUUCUACUACAACAACCGCACCGUACAGGCCGUGCAGGAGCUCAAGAACAAACCAGGAAUGUGGCACAAGGCGAAGCGCGUACAGCUGCAAUCCGGUCAAUCUGAAGUACGUGUUGACUUCCCCCUGCCCAUCGUCGCCUGCAACCUCAUGAUGGAGUACGCAGACUUCUAUGAAAAUCAACAGGCUACCGGUGAAUCGCUACAAUGUCCGCGGUGCUCGCAGUCGGUGCCGGCGAACCCUGGAGUAUGUGCCAACUGCGGAGAGAACGUCUUCCAGUGUCACAAGUGUCGGGCAAUAAACUACGAUGAGAAGGAUCCAUUCUUAUGCCACGCGUGCGGUUUCUGCAAGUACGCAAAGUUCGACUACACGCUGACCGCGCAGCCGUGCUGUGCCGUUGAUACCAUCGAGAGCGAUGAGGAGCGCAAGAAGAUGGUGCAGAGCAUCGGCGCACUACUCGACAAGGCGGACCGCGUCUACAGACAAUUAGUUGCCAACAAGCCCGUGCUAGAGUCGCUGCUGCACCGCAUCAGCGAGCACCGGCUGGAUCGUGGCGCGGAUGAGAACAGCAACGCGGCGCUCAGCGGCGUGCAAAUCAACCGCGUCAUACAGACGGUAGCACAGAAGUACUGCGUCGAGAGCAAGGGAUACUUUGAAGAUCUCUCCAAGAUCAUACAGAAGGUGCUCGCCUGCAGAAAAGAAUUAGUCACCUACGACAGAUCUCAAAGCGAGCAAUUAAAGGGAGAAACAUUGCCCGUGUACGCCGGAUUGGUUCAAACUUACGAUGGAGAUAUGACUAAAGAGUCUGGCGGUGGAUGCUACGGGUGCUCGCUGGCGAGCGCGGAGCAGUGCUUGACGCUGCUGCGCGCACUGGCCUCGCAACCGGAGCACCGCGAGCGCCUCUGCCGCUUCGGUGUUGUGCACGAGCUCGUUCACCACAACCUGCACCGCGGCACACCACAGUGUCAAGAGGAGGUGCGCGCACUUAUCUGCUUAGUGACGCGCGACAACUUACCCGCCACCGAGCAGUUGUGCCACCUCUUGUCGCAGCGCAUCACGCUCUCGCUCAUGGGCCACGCCGCCUCACAGGAUCACAACAACUCUGUUCGUCCAUUGGUAUUACUACUCGGAUCGUUGGUCAAGGUACAAGAUUCGGUGGACUGUUGGGAAGCUAGACUUCGAUGUAUUGUCAAACUUUGGGUGUGGUGUUGCCCUCAAUUGACUGAAGUGGCCGGUAUCGCACCAGCGGUCACUUCCUUGUUAAAAACUGAAGCUAUAUCUGGUAUCCCGGGCAUCAGUAGCGCAUCACCUACAUCUCACCAAUUCGCGCUGCAGCAAGUUGCUCUGCCCUGUCUUGGAUAUCUGCAGCAACUGAUGGCGCCCGCAGCACCCGCCGCGGCAACAGCCCCAACCGAUGAACAAAAUAAGGAAACUAAGCCGGAGCCUGCACCGCCUGCGCCUGAGGCAGCUGCUCCGCUGGCAACUUCUGGCGGGCUAGUGGUGGACCUGGCGGCUUGGCUGGCGGGCCGUGUUGCUCAGCGUCAGUGGGCACGACUGUCGGCGCGCGUCGCACCACUGCCGCCAGACGUCACGCUGCCACUGCGAGAUGUACAUCUCGCUAGGAAAUACCUCGCUAAGUGGCGAGACCGGGUAUUAUUAUCACACGGCAUGCGUCCUCUCGCCCUCGAGGACGGCGGCUGGCUACGGCCGGUGAUGUUCGACCCCAGCUCUCGCAUCGCCCGCGACACCGCCUGCGCUAUGGUCAAAUCUCUUUGCGACUCAUAUGAACGAACUAAAGCUGUCCUAAUUUUACUGACGAGUUUCCUGCCUGAAGUAGGAACAGCUGGAGAAGCUAGUGAACAAUUCUUACAACUUUAUCAAACUUUGGCGUCCGAAGCCCCGUGGAAGCAGUUCCUCGCUCUAAGGGGUGUGCUGCAACAGAUAGCCGACUUAAUGACCAAGGAGAUUGAACAACUGCAUAGAUUGGAGGAAACUACUUUAACAUCAGAUCUAGCUCAAGGUUAUGCUCUGAAACGUCUGACGGAGCUGCUGUCGAUGUUCCUGGAGGAGGGCGGUGGACGGCGCGUGUACAAGGGACGGUUGGUGGGCGCGGUGCUAGGCGGAUACCUCUCGUUACGACGCCUUGUCGUGCAGCGUACGCGACUUACCGACGAUACACAGGAGAAACUGCUUGAACUUCUCGAGGAAAUGACUACCGGUACGGAAGCGGAGACGGCGGAGUUCAUGGCGGUGUGCAUAGAGACCGUGCAGAAGUACCCGCUGCACGACUACCGCACGCCCGUCUUCAUCUUCGAACGCCUCUGCUCCAUCAUCUACCCCGAGGAGAACGACGUCGGGGAGUUCUUCCUCACGCUGGAGAAGGAUCCGCAGCAGGAAGACUUCUUGCAGGGCCGUAUGUUAGGCAACCCGUAUUCAUCACUGGAGCCCGGCAUGGGUCCACUAAUGCGGGAUGUUAAGAACAAGAUCUGCACGGACUGCGAGCUGGUGGCACUGCUCGAGGAUGACAACGGCAUGGAGCUGCUCGUGUGCAACAAGAUCAUGUCCCUAGAUUUGCCCGUCAAGGAUGUUUAUAAAAAGGUGUGGUGCACGUCUGGCGACGGCGUGGAUGCGAUGCGCGUUGUGUACCGAAUGCGCGGGCUGCUGGGCGACGCUACCGAGGAGUUCGUGGAGACACUCAGCCAGACCAACGCAGAGGCUGUCGACGACGAACAGCUUUAUCGAAUGGCUAAUGUGCUCGCUGAUUGCGGUGGCUUGGAAGUAAUGCUGCAACGCUUAGCUGCUAUUCAGCGCGUAGGAGGUGCGCGCGCGCUGUGCUCGACACUGCUACGACUGCUGGGGUUGUGCGCGCGCGUGCGGCGCUGUGUGCGCGUGCUGACGCGCGCCGACACUCGGGCGUUGCCUGUGCUGCUGCGCGCGCUGCAGCUCGCCGCUGAGGAGGAGAAAGAUAUGCCGCGCGCACAUCUCGUAUACCAACUGUUAGAGAUAAUGGAACGCAUUUUAUCGGUAGCGGCGAGCGAGAGUCUGGUAUCAUUUUUGCAGUUCUCACUCACAUUUGGAGGACCGGAAUAUGUGCAAGCUCUCAUCAAUUGCACCGAGUGUCCAGGUAUUCGUAACAACUCCGUGGCACUGGGUCACCUGACGCGUGUGUUGGCGGCAUUAGUGUACGGCAACGAUCUCAAGAUGGCAAUGCUGGUAGACCACUUCAAGCCAGUGCUGGACUUCGACCGACUGGACUCGGAGCAGUGGACGGAGGAGGAGUUCCGCAUGGAGCUGUUCUGCGUACUCUGCGCCAACAUUGAGAGGAACUCUAUUGGAGGAACGCUCAAAGAUUAUCUCAUUUCGUUGGGUGUUGUACGCGAUGCCUUGGAAUAUAUUGUGAAACACGCGCCGUGCGUGAAGCCGACGCUGGUGUGCACGGACUCUGACGAGCUGAAGGAGUUUAUCAGCCGGCCCGCGCUCAAGUACAUCCUGCGCUUCCUCACCGGACUCGCAGCGGACCAUGAGCCCACGCAGAUGUUGGUGUGCGAGAAGGUGAUCCCAAUCGUGCACCGCCUAGAGCAGGUGUCGUCGGGUGAGCACGUGGGCUCGUUGGCCGAGAAUCUGCUGGAGGCGCUGCGCUCGCAGCCGCAGUGCGCAGCUAAAGUGCAGCAAGUUCGCGACUUCACAAGACAGGAGAAGAAACGUCUCGCGAUGGCGGUACGCGAGCGUCAGUUGGGCGCGCUGGGCAUGCGCAGCAACGAGCGCGGGCAGGUGACGGCGCAGUGCUCGCUCACGCAGCAGCUGGCAGACCUCGCAGAGGAAGCCGGCGCCGUCUGCUGCAUCUGCCGCGAGGGCUACAAGUAUCAGCCCACAAAGGUGCUCGGUAUAUACACAUUCACGAAGCGAUGUCCGGUGGAGGAGUUCGAGGUGCGCGCGCGCAAGACGCUCGGCUACACUACCGUUUCGCAUUACAACAUUGUGCACGUCGAAUGUCACAUGGCCGCUGUGCGCCUCGCCCGCGCCAGGGACGAAUGGGAGAGCGCGGCGCUACAGAACGCGUCGACGCGGUGCAACGGGCUGCUGCCGCUGUGGGGACCGCACGUGCCCGAGUCCGCCUUCGCCAGCUGCCUCGCCAGGCAUACCACAUAUUUACAGGAGUGCACCGGUCACCGUGACAUCGGCUACACUUGUACCGUGCAUGACCUGAAGCUGCUUCUGGUGCGGUUCGCCCGCGGGCGCACCUUCCACGACGAUACUGGCGGCGGCGGCCCGCUCUCCAACAUGCAGCUCGUGCCCGCUCUGCUCCACAUGGCACUUUACGUCAUCAACACGACGCGAGCGGCGGCCCGCGAGGUGGGCGCACUGGAGGCGUCGUUGGCGUGGGCGCCGGCGCGUCUGCUGGAGGCGGCACACGACGCUGACGGCCCGCUGUACUACACCACACUUAUGCUGCUGCUCUACCCACACGCUAAAUGGCAAUCCCUGCGCGUGUCGAUCCUGAAGCGGCUGCUAGUGACUGCGCAUGUGCGCGCGGUGGCCCCCGCCGGCCCCGCCAUGCGCGCGCUGCCGCCCGAACACCGCGCUCCCAAACCCUGGGCUGACUACAAACCAUACGCUAUCUUCUUCGCUAUCAUCGAUUUACUCUAUACGGUUAUGUUUAAGAACGUAUCUGCAACUACAGUGGAGCAAUGGCCGGUGAAGUUGGCGGAGUACAUCCGGCACAACGACGAGGCGAACGCAAAGGCCGCGGAGCGCAUCGUGUCUACGCUCACCGACGAGCUGCUGCCGAGCGCCUCCUUCGGGGAGCUCUGUGACGCCGCCGGACUGCUGCGAGACGUGCCCGACCCCGACGCCUUCCUGCGCACCGCGCUCGAAGACCUGCCUUGAGACAGGCCUCCCGCGCCUACAGCGCACCCCGCGCCCAUAGCGCCCACAGAGCCGCGCCCACCCCGCGCGCCGCACGCGCACUGCCUCGCCUACCACGGCUGUAUGCCGUGUUGACUCACAACUCCCACUAUGUACUCUGCACGUGACGCGUCGCGAACCUUAUCCACAUUACCCCCUGCAAGUGUGAUAUUAUAGAUUGCUUUUAACACAGUAUUUAACCGAUUUAAUACUAAUCUAGAAAAUUUUAUGUCUCAUUUAUAAUCUGUAGUGUUUAAAUUAAUAAACGUUUUGGCAUUUA